AUGGCGAGGGACACCGCGCAAACUCCGAUCAUCCCUCGUCCCCGGCUGCUUCAGGGCGCCGCCAGUUAUCCCUCCGAUCUCACCGCCCCCUCGCUGUCUGCGCCCUUCAAGCUCGACGAGGGUUAUUCCGAUGAAACGAGAAGCCAGCCCGACAAGGAGUUUUUGAAUUCGCCCCCCGAUGAUGUGAUGCCGCUCCCCGACUGGGUUAAUGCUUAUAGUGAGGCCGAGCGAGCCGAGCUCGCCUACAAGCUUCUACGCACCUUGCGUGCUUCCACUGUCGCCUCGGUGGUUGAAAAGCUAGCGCCUCUAUUGCACAUGGAUCCCGUGCUGAAGUUACCUCCGGAGAUCACCGCCGAGAUCUUUUCCUACCUCGACCCUCAAACGUUGGUAACGGCUUCCUUGGCAUCUCGCUCCUGGCGUAGUCGCAUUUUUGACACCCGCCUUUGGAGAGACUUAUAUAUCAGCGAAGGCUGGCGGGUCGACAUUGACGCCGUGCAUACGUACGAACAGGAACACUCGGGAUUGGAAUCCCCCCAGCUCCGAAAAUCUCGGUUGAGGCAUAUAGACCCGGAUCUCGGUGAACCGAAACAGAAGAAGCGCGUACCCCCCAGCUGGCUAGACUCUCGCGCAGCAGGAUCACUGGAUAACAAUGAGGCCGUGCAAGGAAAUGGGCUGCAGCCCUCCGCAGCGGCGGAUAUUGAAGGCGAUCAUCCCAUGAGUGAUGCGUCAAACGAUCGAGGACCGGCGAUCGCACCUGGGCAACAAUCAUCUAGCGCCCGCCAUGAGUCGUCAGGAACUGCCCAAUCGAAGUCACAUUUGCAGCAAAUUUCUACGAACUCUAGCCCCCCCAAAUCGCCACUAUUAAUUCGAAUGCCCAAUGGCGCUGCAAAGAUGAAUUGGCCGCAUCUGUAUCGGGUACGGAGGCGGCUGGAAGAGAACUGGGCCAAGGGCCGUUUCACGAACUUUCAACUGCCCCAUCCGAAUCACAUGGAAGAAUCUCACCAAGAGUGUGUAUAUGCGAUCCAGUUUACCGAGAAAUGGUUGGUCAGUGGUAGUCGGGAUAAGACUGUUCGAGUAUGGGACCUGGACACGAAGCGACUAUGGCAUCCGCCUCUCCAAGGCCACUCAAAGUCGGUUCUCUGUCUUCAGUUCGACCCCCGCCCAUCUGAAGAUAUCAUUGUGUCGGGAAGCAGCGACAAGAAUGUGAUAAUUUGGCGCUUUUCCACUGGAGAGAAGCUUCACGAAAUUGCGCCAGCUCAUGAUGACUCUGUCCUGAAUCUCCGAUUCGACGAACGCUAUAUAGUAACUUGCUCCAAGGACAAGCUUAUCAAGGUCUGGAACAGGCGUCAUCUCACUCCAACUUUAGCCCCAUACUCAUUGCUAAUGAUCCUUGACGGACAUACAGCCGCAGUGAAUGCUAUUCAGCUCAACGAGGAUGAGAUCGUGUCCGCCUCGGGCGAUCGCUUGAUCAAGGUCUGGAAUCUGCGCAACGGCGCUUGUAGAAAGACAAUGAUAGGCCACGAAAAAGGCAUUGCGUGCGUGCAGUUCGACAGCAAACGUAUAAUCAGCGGAAGCAACGAUGAUACAGUUCGCAUUUUCGACCACGCCUCCGGUGCCGAAGUGGCCUGCCUGCACGGACAUGCCAACCUCGUUCGGACAGUUCAAGCUGGUUUCGGAGACCCACCGGGAGCCGAGGAGGCCUUACGACUGGAAGCUCUGGCUGUCGACAACGAGUUCCGUGACGCCCAGCGCACCAACGCAAACGUUGACCUUGGCCCUAGUGCCCUUCGGCGCGCAGGAUAUCAGCAGAACACCAACGGGUCUCGGAACCCCAGAGACAUCAAAGCACUGGGCGCCAAAAUCCCUCCAGGGGGAGGCGGAAGCCAAUGGGGACGAAUCGUCUCCGGCUCAUACGACGAGACCAUCAUCAUCUGGAAAAAGGAUAAUGAAGGCCGCUGGGUUGUAGGCCAGAGACUCCGACAGGCAGACGCCGCUGCGAAUGCCUCAUACAGCCACUUAGAUUCCGCUGCACGCCAGACAAUCGCACGAGCCAACGCCUUUGCUCAAGCGCACCAGGCGCAACAAGCCCAAGCUACCAUGGCAGCCGCCGCGAUAUCAGCAGGCGGUGGAGCACCACAGCAAGGCCAGAACCAGCAGCAUCAAACACAACCACCACGAUUGCCUACAACCAACUCCAACACCCACGACCCCUCAUCACAUAAUGCACCCUGGCCCGCGCACCUAGCCUUGAACCCGGCCCUCCUCAUCUCCAACAACCUUCCCCCCACCGUCCAGCAAAGCACAUCUCAAGCUCAAGCUCAAGCUCCAGCUCCCCCGCCCAUCAUGCAUGCCGGCGCUCCAAUGAGACCACCACCACUACCACCGCAUGCUCAGCAACAGCAACACCCCCGAGUGAGAGCCUUCCCUGCCGCCCCCCACCAACCACCUACCUCGAGGAUCUUCAAGCUCCAAUUCGACGCGCAUAAGAUAAUUUGCGCAAGCCAGGACCCGAGAAUAGUAGGGUGGGAUUUUACUGCUGAUGAUGAGGAACUCAAAGAGGCGUGUCAGUUCUUUACGGGGCUGUGA